UCAAACCAACGCUGUGCGCGGGCAUUGGAUAUGCAUUCUGUGCGACAUCGCUUAUAUGCCAACCCCCAGAAAUAAAACAAGAAAACAAAACCGAAACUAAAACCUCCCCUUUACUCUCUGUGAUUACGUCUAUUUAACCCCGAAGGGUGCAAGGAAGGGAAGUUUGUUUUCCGGAUUUCACUCCCCAAGAGGAAGAAAAAGCUCCAUCUAUCAUCUGCUAAGCACUAAGUUUCUUCCGGAAGAAAUCAUUCAAACUUAUUAACAGUCGUACUCCUGAGCCCGAGAUACCUAACCACCAACCAUGCCUUUCGGUAUCAAGCGCUUCACAAUGCACCGCAGCACAAGCCUGCCGGGGGGAAGAUCCAACGAGGGCAAGAAAAUAUCCUUGACAGAAAUAAGAGAACAUCCAAACUCUUCCCGUUCCAACAAGAAAUCCGACAAAUCCUCCAAAUCCAGUGGCAGCAACUCUUCCUCGUCCGCCUCCCAGCAGCAGCAGCAACAACAGCAACAAAGCAACAUUCCCAACAGUAGAUCAAUGGAUGUGUCUGAACUACGAAGACUUGGAUUCGGCAAUCCAAGGCAGGGUCCUCCUCCGGAACUCUUGGCUGAUGCCAUGGCGGCAGCAGGUAACGAUCCACACCAGCAGUCCUCGUCGUCGUCUUCGUCGUCUUCCUCGACGAUAGAUCGCCAGCGACGAACUCUGCACAGUAUCCAAGAAUACCCUACUGGUAGUAACACUUCAAGGUUCACUGUGACUCAAAUGCAACAGCAAUCGCCGAGGGGUGGCAGCACCCUUGGCUCAGCAGGGAAUACAUCCACUUUGCCGGCGCGGUGGAGGAGCUCUUUGCCCCCUCGUCCUGCUAGUGAAAUGAGAGGGGUUUUUAACGAAACCUCAUCGGCAGGACCUGGUGGGACUGAAGUCAGAAGGUUGGUGGUGAGGAAAAACGGAGUACGCUUUCAAGAGAGUGAUUGGGCUGUGGACGAAAAUCAUUCCAUUGGUAACAACAAAGGGGGAGGAAGGGGAGGUGGCGGUCCACCAACAAUUAGAGGUAAGUGGAUCACAUUUUAUGCCACCGUUUCUUGAAGUCUGGUGAGAGAUCUAUAUAAGGUUUCAUUCCCUUGUACUUUUUGGACGUGUCCUUAAACUUGCAUGAAUGCACGUAUUUCCUUGAAAUAGAGUGAAACAAUU